UCUUUGACUGUAAUAGUGGUGUCCAUUGUUGAAAUCGGUGGUUGAUAAGUAAUUUCUUUUCUAUAUUCGACAUCAAUAAUAUCCGAUGCUCUCCGAUCAACUCACGGAUUUUAUCAUCACUAAAGUUUUUAGUUUGUAAUAAUGUUAGAACCUAGCAGAGGUAUCAAUAAUAUUAUGUCGACCUGUCGUAUAUGUUUGUCCAGCAAGAGACCACUGUGCCCGCUUUUUAGAUACGAAUUAUCUGGGAACUAUGCAGAAAUGCUUACAGCAAUUGCAGACGUUAAGGUGGCGGCCAAUGAUGGACUACCAGAAAAGAUUUGCAACAAAUGUUGUACAUCAUUAGAGAAAGCAUAUCUUCUUAAAACCAUUGCAGAAAGAUCAGAUCGUGAGCUAAGAAAAUUUUGUGCGAGAAACAGUAAAAAUGUGGCAACUAAAAAGAUUGCCUUUGAUUCAUUCACUGAUAUUAAAAGUGAGAUUGCUCCAUUGGCUAUCAAAGAUGAACCAAAAUGGGAAAUGGAAAUAGAUACGUCGAGGAUCAAUAUGCCACCAGCAAAUGUUGAUGUUGUAGAUCUUAAGGAUAUAGUUAUUGCUGAUACUGUUAUAAGGAAAGUGGGCUCUGCUGAUUCCAAAUCAAAUAUUAGUAUUGAUGUUGAUAAUGACUUUUUCGAUGAUGACGUGUAUCAUGACGACGAUGACGAUGACUAUGUACCCCCAACAGAGAAACCGAAGAAUAAGUUCAAGAAACCAAAACUGUCAGAUAUUAAGGUUUUUAAGGGGAAAAAACCGAUUGUUAAAAAAGUUAAAGUUAUAAAACAAUAUAAGCAAAAUCCAUAUGGAGAGUCGAGUACUAUAGUCAUUGAUGACAAAAAAUCAACAACUAUAACUUGUUAUCCGAUUAUGAAGAAUGGUGCAAAGGGCCCUGCUAUUCUGCUAAGGAGACCAAAAGAUGCAACAAUAUUAAAGAUUCAUCCAAAUUACAAAAAUAGAAAUGGCUCAAAAUCUGAAUAUAGAGGUAUAAAACGCGAAAAUAUACGAAGAGUGAAAAAUGCAAAACCUGUAUCAAAGGAAAGAGAGAAGCUUGUGUGUCCUGUCUGUGGUAUACUGACUUUUGCUCUUGGAAAUCAUAUGGCUACUCAUGAAGAAAAGAAGAAAUACACCUGUACUGAAUGCCCAAGGUCUUUUGUGCAAAAAAGCAAUUUGUUAAUUCACCUCAAACAACACUCAGGAAUAAAGGAUCAUAUUUGUGAAAUUUGUGGUGCAGGAUUUUAUACGCAGAAGUCUUUGGUCAGGCAUAACCUCAUUCACAAAGGAGAAAGACCAUUUCAAUGCAAUUUAUGCUCGAAGAAAUUCAUCGCACGGUGUGAUCUGAACCGCCACCUGCGCAUCCACGCCGGGUACAAGCCGUACAAGUGCGCCACUUGCGCGAUGUCCUUCAACGCCAAGCACCAGCUGCAAAACCACGAGCGAAUGCACACCGGUGAACGCCCCUAUUCCUGUGAAGUGUGUAGCGUGGCCUUCAGUUACAAAGUGAACCUUAACAACCACGUAUUUAAGGUUCACGGCAUAAACUUGAAGUUCAAGUCCAUCCACACGGUGACCGAGGAUAUCCUACGUAAGGAACUGGGCAUGCUCUCUGAGGCGAGCGAGGCCAUCGCACACAUUCUGCCGCAGCUCAGCGAAGCGCCCGCGCCCGCCGCGCACGAGACCGUGCACCACACUUCCGACUACAACGCUUAACACGUGACCAGGCGCCCGGCACCUCCAGCUGCCGCCUACUACCGAUUUGUUAUUUCAACUUAAAAACAAGGUUCUUUAAGUCCAUUUUACUCUGACUAUAGUGUAACAUUGUAUAUAUAGUGUAUCAUUUGGUGGUGAUUUUUUUAUUCACUGUGAUUUCACAGUUGAUUUUUCACACAAAGUGAUAUUUCACACUUAAAAUUGUUUGCUACAUAGUAGUAAUGUGGUCAAGAUCAUUAGCGCUGAUAUUUCACACUUGUGAUUUUCCAAUUUUCGCACUUGCAUCAAAUUAACUCGAUGUUUUUCUCUUCCUUAUAUCCGGCGAUGCAAGUGUUCACUCACAUACUUUGAGCGUCUUAGCUCGGAUCGAUGAUGGAACGCGCAUGGGCGUGUGAAAUAAAAAAAGAUUUCUUCCUAAUUUUUCACAUUUUAUUAGGGUUCUGUACCUCAAAAGAAAAAAGGAACCCUUAUAGGAUAACUUUGUU